UUCUCUCUACAUCAUAAAAUUUCACAUCUCUUUAGUUGUUAGUUAAUUAGGAGUAUUAAUAUUAUUACACACAUCCAUCUUUGUACAAAUCAGGCAAAAAAAGAUCUAAGAUUUAAUCAUCAAGUGAGAGUUCGUUGCAUGGAGCAAUUGCCCCCCAAACCCCCCAUCACCAAUUGCCCUUCUUUCCCCUUCCAAACGCCGCCGUGGAUGGACGAGUUCCUCGACUUCUCCGCGACGCGGCGGAGCUCCCACCGCCGCUCCGUGAGCGACCCGAUUGCCUUCGUGGAGGAGCACGGCAGUGGCGGCAUGGGCUUCGACCGCCUCGACGACGAGCAGCUGCGGAACAUGUUCUCCGACGACCUCAUCACCACCCUCGGAUCCUCUUCCACCACCCCGUCCGACCAGAACAGCGACGAUGACGACAAGAGGGCCGUCGCCUGCCUGCUGCCCAAGCCUGAGACCGGAGAGGUCGACAGCUCCGAUCAACCGGCCCCGGACCCCACCGCGCCUCAGCGGACUAAAUUCUCGUCUGAGAACGCCCCCGGAGAUCCUAAACGGAUCAAAAGAAUUUUGGCAAACAGGCAGUCUGCUCAGAGGUCAAGAGUGAGAAAAUUACAGUAUAUUUCUGAGCUUGAAAGGAGUGUCACAACAUUGCAGACGGAAGUAUCUGCAUUAUCGCCGCGAGUAGCGUUUUUGGACCAUCAAAGGCUUCUACUGAAUGUGGAUAAUAGCACUAUUAAGCAAAGGAUUGCAGCAUUGGCUCAAGACAAAAUAUUCAAAGAUGCCCACCAAGAAGCACUAAAGAAGGAGAUAGAGAGGCUGAGGAAAGCCUUCCACGAGCAAAACAUGAAGAAGAAUAUGGAGUGCAGCGACGCGCCGCCGCCGGAGCGGCGGUCGGAGGAAGAGGAGUGAUGAUAGUAUUAAAAGAUGGUGCAUUACAUUACAAUUCUUGAGAUUCAUCACAUGGUGUGUCUCUAUCUUUCUAAUCCAAUAGUGGGGCUCUUUCUCUCUCCUUUUUAUUUCUCUCUUUUUUUAAUUUGGGUGGUGAUUGGAGCCUUUGUCAGUAUGAAACGUGGAUAGUGGCAUCGAAACAAAUGACAAAUUGAACAAAAUUUGGGGGAGAAAAAAAAAAUUGGGAUUGCUAGGAAAGAUUCUUGUGACAUUCUUAUUUGUGAAGGUCUUUUUCAUGGGUUUUCUUGAAAAAAUUCAUUAGUAUUUGUUUUAUUUUUGAAUUCUUGAUGUGGAAGUCUUUAUGAGUGUAGAUUGAUUGAUUGAUUAAUUAGAGUUUUGUAAUAUAAGUUUGAACAUUAUUUAGAUAUUGUUUUUAAGUACAUUUUGUUGGAA